AUGUGUAGACCUGUCAAUCAUCUAUCACACUCAUGUAUCAACGCUGAUGAAGUUUUAGACUCAUUCGCACUCACCAACUUUGAUUUUGAUGGACUCGAUGCAGUUCCUAUAGGAAACACCCUGAUGGUUGGGAAUACGAAGAAAACCAAACAUAGGACCAAUAGGUUGAAGUUGGAGAAUAUUCCAGAGGAAACAGAGUUAUAUGUUGAUAAUAGAAAUGAAGAUACUCAUCCGGAAGAACUUGAAGAGGCGUGCAUCCAUUUGGAGAUGGAUUUGGAAGUACUGAGAAAGUCCAUUGAUAUAGGAGUUUGUGUACUCUGUCUCGGCUUAGGUUACUUGGUUUCUAAUAAGUUUCGACUACGACCGAAAUUUUCUUCACUUUUAUCUUCAUCUUUCUUGUCGUUGUAA